AUGGCUCUAGAUGCUUGGAAGCAGUCAGACUUCCUUUGCCGGAACUAUGUUCUGAAUAGCUUGGCAGAUUCACUUUUCAAUGUGUUUUAUGCCAAAAAGUCGACAAAUGAGCUGUGGGAUGCUUUAGACAAGAAGUACAAGACCGAGGAUGCUGGGGCAAAGAAAUUUGUUGUUAGCCGAUUUCUGGACUUCAAGAUAGUGGACUCAAAAAUCGUCAUCAAUCAAGUCCAAGAGUUUCAAGUAGCUGCGUUGAUUGAGAAGCUACCUAACGGCUGGAAAGACUUCAAAAACUACUUGAAGCAUAAACGAAAGGAGAUAACAGUUGAAGAGCUCGUUGGUGAGAAAAAAAAACUAUCAACAGGCAAAAGCUCAAAGUUGGGGGAGAAAGGCAGUGUCUCCACGAGACCGGUCUACAAGCCACAAAAACCUACUUUUAGGUUCAAUGGAAAGUGCUUGAACUAUGGAAGCGAUAGGCAUCAGGCAGUUGAUUGCCGCAAAAAGAAAAAGCCUUACAAGAAGUAUCCUCCACAAAACAAAAGCGGGCCUCACAUGGCUGAAAUAGAGGAUCUCUCACAAGAUGUGGAUGACAUGCAUCUGGCAACUAUCGUCACCGAAGUGAACAUGGUGGGGUCCAACCCAAAGGAAUAG